GAAUUCGUUGUUGGCACGAUCAUGCUCUUCUGUCUUCCAAUUUGAAGUCUUCUCCAACCCUUCCACCUUUUGCCAACGUUCUUCAAUUAUUCUUAGUUCUUCAGCCCUUCUUGGCAGACAGCUUUUCGAGAUGGGCGCGUGCCUGAGCAAAGGCAAACGGCCGGCGGGAACAGAAGCCACUGAUAAGUUAAGUUCUUCAGCCCUUCUUGGCGGUGCCGUCCUCGGCAAGCCAUUUGAGGACGUGAGGUCCGUUUACGCCCUCGGCAAGGAGCUCGGCCGUGGCCAGUUCGGCGUGACCUAUCUCUGCACCGACAAGGUGACCGGCGCGAAGUACGCAUGCAAGUCCAUCUCCAAAAGGAAGUUGGCCAACGAAAGCGAGCGGGAGGACGUCCGGAGGGAGAUCCAAAUCAUGCAGCACCUCACCGGUCAGGCCAACGUAGUCGAGUUCAAGGGGGCUUACGAGGACAAGAGCUCGGUGAACUUGAUCAUGGAACUGUGCGCCGGAGGAGAGCUGUUCGACCGGAUCAUCGCCAAGGGGCACUACUCGGAGCGGGCGGCGGCGGCCAUGUGCAGGGCGAUAGUGAACGUGGUGAACAUCUGCCAUUUCAUGGGGGUGAUGCAUCGCGAUCUUAAGCCCGAAAACUUCCUGCUCGCUUCCAUGGACGAGGGAGCCAUGCUCAAGGCCACUGAUUUCGGACUCUCUGUUUUCAUCGAGGAAGGCAAAGUGUAUAGAGAUAUAGUUGGAAGUGCCUACUACAUUGCUCCUGAAGUCUUACGGCAACGUUACGGGAAGGAGAUAGAUAUUUGGAGUGCAGGCGUUAUUUUGUAUAUUCUUCUCUGUGGCGUACCUCCUUUUUGGGCUGAUACUGAAAGAGGAAUCUUUGAUGCUAUCAUCGAGGGAGAGAUCGACUUCGAGAGUCCACCGUGGCCAUCUAUAUCGAACAGUGCCAAAGACUUAAUCAAGAAGAUGCUGACGCAGGAUCCAAAGAAAAGAAUCACUUCUGCUCAAGUUCUCCAGCACCCGUGGCUCAAGGAAGGUGGAGAGGCAUCAGACAAACCCAUAGACAGCGCAGUGCUGUCAAGGAUGAAGCACUUCCGUGCCAUGAACAAGCUUAAGAAGAUGGCUCUGAAGGUUAUAGCUGAGAGCCUUUCAGAAGAAGAAAUCAAAGGGCUGAAGCAGAUGUUCGCCAACAUGGACACAGACAACAGUGGGACGAUCACGUACGAGGAACUGAAGACGGGAUUGGCUCGCCUCGGGUCGAAGCUCUCAGAGACUGAAAUCAAGCAACUGAUGGAUGCAGCUGAUGUGGAUGGAAAUGGGACGAUCGACUAUAUCGAGUUCAUAACGGCCACAAUGCAUCGGCAUAGACUAGAAAGGGAGGAGCACUUGUAUAAAGCUUUUCGAUAUUUCGAUAAGGACGGCAGUGGGUUUAUUACGAGAGAUGAACUUGAGACAGCCAUGAUAGAGCAUGGAAUGGGCGACUUGGAGACUAUCAAAGAGACCAUAUCGGAAGUCGAUAAAGAUAAUGAUGGGAGGAUCAACUACGAGGAGUUUUGUUCAAUGAUGCGAAGUGGUGCGCAGCAGCCAUUGAAGCUGGUGUAGUUUGCUAAUUGGUUCAUCUUGGCAUAAGUUCGAGUCACGGAAACCAUCUUUUACCGACGGAAGCUGCUCUA